GCCAGUUUUCCUAAUCUGCGGCGCCUAUUCAUCGAGGCAAGAACCGACAGCGAAGAAAGAGACGUCUCGAGAAGGGCUUUUUACAACGCCGUUCUGUUCCUGGGAUCAGUCGCUGUCUUUAGCUUGAUUGCUCAGAGAAUGAACGCUGCCAAAUAA